GACUCGCCCUUACUUGUUAUGUUACUUUGUGUUCCAGGCGGAAGCGGAAGCCUUGUUCUUUUAUGAAGUUCGGCGAAGUUUGUCAGAUCCUACGAAGUUGCUGCUGUAUGAUCAUCGAAACCCUCCACUGAUUUCUGUACCAUGGUGAAGCAGCCCCGGUUGUAGUAGUGCCCUGGGAGCAGUAGGGAUGGAGCAGUGUGGGUCGGCCGGCCGCGGGCACCCCUGGAAGGCUGCCACCAUGAAGAGGAAGGCCUGGGCACUCAGCCGAGGCUCCUGGCAGGCGUCGGAGUCCCAGGACGGGCACGCCGAGGGGCAGCCGCCGCAGGAGCCCGGGGCGCACAAAGUGCCGCUCGCCGAGGAACCAGGACGGAUACCUAACAAGAUCGCAAGUUGGCUGAAGGAAUGCAGGACUCCCCUGGGGGCCUCUCUGGACGAACAGAGUAACACACCAACCAAGGGCACAGUAAAGAACACGUGCAGCUUUGAGGAUGACCUGUCCCUGGGAGCGGAGGCCAACCACCUCCGGGCUGGCGGGACUCCAUCAGAGAUGCAACAUUUGGGGAUGCUGGCCAAGGAGAAGCGGACCCAGUUCCAGCAGAAGGGAAGGAGCAUGAACUCCACGGGUUCGGGGAAGAGCAACACAACCGUGUCCAGCGUUUCCGAGCUGCUGGACCUUUAUGAGGAGGACCCCGAGGAGAUCCUCUACAACCUGGGCUUCGGCAGAGAGGAGCCGGACAUCGCCUCCAAGAUUCCCUCCCGCUUCUUCAACUCCAUGUCGCACGCCAGAGGGAUCGACAUCAAGGUGUACCUGGGAGCCCAGCUGCAGCGCCUGGAACUGGAGAACCCCAACUACGCCCUGACAAGUCGUUUCCGUCAGAUAGAAGUGCUCACCACCGUGGCCAACGCCUUCUCCUCGCUGUACUCCCAAGUCUCGGGCACCCCCGUGCAGAAGAUCGGCAGCACCGAAACAGAGCAUAAAGAGCCGCCGCCACUCAACAGGAACAACUCUGCCCUGAACGCCGCCAAAAUCCUGAAGAAGACCUUCACCAGGCGCAACCUGCACGCAUCGGUCGACGGAGGGCCCUCCGCCCAUCCUGAGGCGGAGCGGGGGAAGGGGCCGGGCGAAAGCGGGCACGAGCAGUCGCCGAGGACAAAGGACCUGCACUCGCUCGCCACCGUGACCGAGGCCGAGGAGUCCCGCCUGGGACCGACGGGCGUCAUGCCCGCCGACCCGCCCAACGGCGACCUGCCCAACGGCGACAAGGAGGAGGACGAGGAGCCGAACUCCAACCCCGCGAAGGACUCUAGCCUCUCCGCUGACCCUGAUACAGACAGGGGCAAAGAGCAGGCGGUGACCUCCACGCCCGCCAAAGAGCCCCCCACCCACCGACCCCACCCCUGCAUCUCCCACCUCCUCUCACAGGCAAAGGACUCGUUUGAAAUGGAAGAGGUACAAAGCAACGAGGGUGAGGGCCCUGCCGGGAUCAGCAGCUCUUCGAAAGACGGGAACGAGCUCUUGCAGAGGAUGGCGAGCCAGCACUCGGACAGCAGCGGAUUUGCUGAGGACCCUUCCACAGAUGGCUCUGCUAACCAUCUGAAGGUACAGGAGAGCUCAGACAGCUGUGACAGCGAGACCACGGUGACGUCUAACGCAGGGGAACUGAGCACACCUCUCGCCGUGGACCACCCCAUCUUCCAUAAGUUUCCGGGAGAAGAGGAGGGUUUAACAGCCUUUGGCUCAGACAGCGCUCCAAUGCUGGACCACCACGCAUUCCAGAAACCAGAGGGAGAAGAGGAAGGUCAAACGGCCGCUGGUCCAGACAGCAGUGCGGAGCUGAACACUGACUUGCUGAGUGGGAAUCAAAGCCAGCCCAAAGGGGAGGAAGAGGAGGUGCUGGUUGAGGAGAAGGAGGUUGUUCAGGAGAAUGUGGCUGAGGAGAAGGCCGAUGAGGAGAAUGUGGUUGAGGAGGUUGUUGAGGAGAAGGUGGUUGAGGAGGACGUGGGUGAGGAGGAGGUUGCUGAGGAGAAGGUGGUUGAGCAGGAGAUUGUUGAAGAGGAAGAGGUAAAGGAGGUCAUCCCUGAGUACAUCCCUCACCCCACGCACGUGCACAAGCCCGUAGAGCCGAGCUCUUCCGAGGGGCCGGGCUCUCCAGCCGAGCCUCUUGCUCAGACCAGCAGCACUACGGAGCCUGGCCCUGAGGACACGCAAGACAGGCCCCAUGUAGCUCCAUGCUGGCCCCCUCAGGCGGCCCCUGCGUGUGAGGAGCAUGGUGCGCUGGUUUGGGCCAGGGUCCGGGACUUACAAAUGGGCCGGGACAGGUACCCGCUGAGGCGGUCCAGCUCGCUGCCCACCCCCCUGCUCAGCCCCUCCCGGGUGGUGUCCUCCGUAAAAAUCCAGCUCCGCCCGGGCAGCGCUCGUCACUGCACCCCGCCCUCAUACUCCUACCGCUACACCCCCGAGGAUGAAGGGGAGGACGGCACGGGGUCCAUUGCGGAGAAGGAAGAGGAGGAGGAGGAUGAGGAAGGGGCGCCCUGUCGCUCCACCCUCGUCAUCAAUGCCACCCCUAAGGCUAGGGAAGUCCCCGAAGAGCUGCGGGCGGAGGACAUCCCCCCCAGCAGGAUGCCCCCCUACCCCAUGCACAUUCCAGCCCAUCUGACACGCUCCUCCUGCUCCCUACACAGCACCCCCCCUGACUGGCUUGAGCGCCCUCUGUGUGACCUGCCCCGUUCCUGGAGCACCUGCAGCAUGCCUGCACUGUCUGCCCACAGCGCCCCCUAUGGCUCGCCUUUCAGCCACUCCCACAGCGCCCCCUACAGCUCAACUCUCAACCACCCCCAGAGUGCCACCUACAGCUUGCCUGUGGGGCACCUACACAGCGCCCCAUACGGCUCACCUCUUGGCCAAACUCACAGCGCCCCCUACAGCUCGCCUCUUGGCCAAACCCACAGCGCCCCGUACAGCUGGCCUCUUGGCCACCCCCACAAUGCCCCCUACGGCCCGCCUCUUGGCCACUCCCACAGUGCCCCCUACAGUUCACCUCUCAGCCAUCCCCACAAUGCCCCCUACGGCCCGCCUCUUGGCCAACCCCACAGAGCCCCCUACAGCUCGCCUCUCGGCCACCCCCACAAUGCCCCUCACCAUUACGGCAUCCCACAGAGCAACCACUGCAACAGCCCUUUCAGCAGCCCGUACGUCGCCCCGUGCUCGUCAAACUGCUGCCCCGCCUACCCUGCACCCUGCGGGCCAGUGGCCCCCCUGCGCCUCGCCCAUCCCCCGUCCAGCACGGAGAUGCAGCUCAAGCGGGUCCUGCAUGAUGUUCGGAGCGCGGUCCAGAACCUAGCCCAGGGUUCAUCUCGGAGUGAGGACAUGGUGACCCCUCUGUUCAACCCCCACAGAGCAGUUCAGCCCCUGUAUGAGGACACCAUUCAAGAGCUGCAAGUGAUCAAGAGGAACCUGAAUGUGUUCCGCACGCAGAUGAUGGACCUGGAGCUGGCCCUCCUCAGACAGCAGGACAUGGUCUAUCAGCACCUGACAGAGGAGGACAGACAGGAGGCUGAGCACCUGCAGAGCUUGCGUACUGCAGUGAGGCAGGAAUUGCAGGAGUUGGAGCUGCAGCUGGAGGAUCGUUUGCUUUUCCUGGAUGAGCAGCUGCGCGCCUCCCACUACCGCCAUCCUGUGGGACUUUCUAGAGGUCACAGCUUGGACAGCCGGUGCAGUACCCCUCCCAUGAAUGUAACAGAGCCGGUGACAGAACUCCUGAGGGAGCAGCUGUCCCUGCAGGCAGAGCUGGGGUUCGAGGGGAGGGCCAGCUCCGUCCCACCACUGGGGUCCAGCUGCUCCUCCGAGUCGGUCGGCCCUGCCAGGCCGAGCCGGCCCCCGGGCCCCUAUGCGCACGACUGCCCCUCCCCGCAGAGGCUGGACGUGUACCGGACCUCCAUCAGCCUCACCCCCACCUUACCGCCACGGCAGCAGACGCCGGGGCCCCCGCAGAGGGCGGACUCCAUGCCCAUAUGUCCUUCACCUGAGGACGGAGGAGGAGCAGGAGCAGUACGAGAGGGAGGAGCAGUGGAGAACCCCCAGCUACAGCAGCUCAUUAAGGAGAUCAAGCGCAGUAUCACAGAGGAAAUUCGGCAGGAGAUUGUGAGUGAUCUUCUGGCAGCUGUGUUACCGAGGAGAUCACCCGCGGCAACGCAGGAGCAUACCUUGUGAGCAAGUUCAUAAAGUGUCCCUGUGGAUAAAACAAAUGCUCUGAACACUGGUGAAAGCCUGCACUGGAGAGCCGCCUUCCUCCCCCCACACUGGUGUGUGUGUGCAAGUGUGUGUGGUUGUGCAUGGAUGCAUGCAUGCAUGCAUACAUGCGUGUGGGCAUGCACAAAAAUGCAUGACACCAACAGUUCUGGUGUGCAUCACGCACCUAGCAGUUCAAUAGAUUAAUACCAUUGUACUCUGCCGUGCUACACUUAUCCAUCCAGUUUAACCAUGGAGAAGGUGGAAAGUGUGUUCCUGCUCUUGGACGGUCUCAUCCUUUUGAAGACUUUUUACUUCUCUUCGGUGGUGGACGUUCUUGGAUUGUAUUUAAGGAAGUGAUGCUGGUUGAGUGCAUGUUGAGGAGGCUUAAUGUGAACAAGCUCAAAAAGACUUUGCCUGGGUGAAAUGUGUGUACAAGUGUGUAUGGAGCGCCUAUCUACUGUAACUAAGCCUACUAAUCCAAUCCCUGUACGGUGCCUGGGAACGCAAUGCAUUUCACUUGGAACUUGAACCUACUCGUAACUACUGUUUUCAGGACAUUUUUAAACGUUAAUUUUUGUUUUUGUUUGUCUUUCUUUUUGUCAUAAACAUAUUUAUUUAAAAUCAUAUUUUUAAAAUUCACAUUUCUAAGAGAAUUUUCAAAUGUAAAGCACCACUAAUGUCACUUAAAUGUAUAUAUUUUGAAUGAACUGAUUUGUUUUGUAAGGUUGGCAUGAAUGACAGUGGUUAAUACACUGGAGAAUGACAUGGAGUAGGAUGCACUACCCACUGAAGUGUUUGAUAGUGGUCUUGAAUGUGGAUAAAAACUAAAACCUGUCCCAAUCACAUUGUCCCUAGUUUUACCGAUAGUCCAUUCGGACAACCACAUUGUCCCUAGUUUUUCUCUAAUCAUUCCAUGCCUUUAAAAUCCAUCAUAAACAUUGGCCUGGAUUCAAAUAUUUUAGAGCUUUCACAGCUCAGCAGUUUGUCUUCAUCUUGAACUGAAUUUACUUUUUUUACGAAGGGUCCCGCAUGCAUAAUGCAUUAUACACUUUUGUGAGUACUAUGUGAACACUCUGUGAAUGCUAGCUGGCAUAAACUGUUAUAAAGUGUAUUACAUCAUCAGUGAUCAUUGAGGCAUUUUGGUUACAGUAUUGUCAUUCUUUGAGAGUGCAUACUGUGACCUGAGUCAUGCAUUUUCUGAUCCUAAGUCUUAAUCAGUUAGCAUGUGUUGUUGAUAGUUUAUUUAAGGUGUUAUGUAAUUCGCAUGAUGGCAGUUUAUGUACUUCUAAUGUAGGACCCUUCAUACAAAGUAUAACAAAUAUAUUCAGAGCUUUUUUAUGAUUUAUGCAAAAUGGCAGUCAGUGAAUUUAGCAAUAAAAGUUGUAAAAGUGUUAGAGGCAUAAAAAGUAACCCCUGAAAUUGUUAAUCGAAAUUAUUCCUGAUUCAGUUUAGGUAUCUUUCAACUGUGAGUUUAAUAAUGAGCUGGUGUUAUUUUUAGCUGUGGAGCUAAAAAAGUGUUGAGGCAUUUCAAUUGCCCUGCUAUUUUCUUUUUAGGAAGUCUUUCACAAAGAUGUUAAUUCUACUUUAUAUUUGUUUGCUAUACUAAUUGAUGUAUAUAAACUGAUGGAUAUUUGUAAAUUGAUAUAAUUGUAAUAAAGGUAAUCUGUUUAGCUUUGUGACCUGGGAUGCAUGGGGAAGACUUCUAAAGCGAAACAUUAAUAAAGAUUUAUUUAUUUUGAAUAUA